CCAAGCCAAAUUCAUUCAGAAUCAGAAAUGUCAAAAUGGCGUCAACGCAGGACGCUUGGUAUAUUUCUUUACUUGGUUUAGCGGAACAUUUUCGCACAUCAAAUCCUCCUGACAUAAAAAGUUGUAUUCAGUGCCUUCAAGCCGUAUUUAAUUUUAAACCACCACAGAGGGUUGAGGCCCGAACACAUUUACAACUCGGUAAUAUCCUAUUGACGCAUACUAAAAACAUCGACUUGGCGAGAACGCAUUUGGAACAGAGUUGGUGCUUAUCGCAGACGAUCAACGGUUUUGACGAUGUCAAGUUUGAAGCGGCAAGCGUGCUGGCUGAGCUGUUUGAGCAGCAGGGGCAGCCGACACAUUCUAAACCGAUACUGCGAAAAGCGAUCGAACUCUCUCAGCACAGUGUUUACUGGCACUGCAGGCUGAUAUUCCAAUUGGCACAAAUCCAUGCAACAGAACGAGAAUAUGAAGUGGCAAGCAGUCUGCUGGGUGUGGGAGUGGAUUAUGCACAGAUUUCCAAUGCUGCAUACACAAGAGUUUUGUUCUUACUCAGUAGGGUGAUGCUACUAUUAAUAGACAAGAAAAUCCAAGAAGUGUUACCGCUACUGAACCAGGCGGGACACCUUGUGGAGACAUGGGCGGGCAGUCCACAUCAGAAGGAGUACCUUAAAGUGUUCUAUUUUGUACUACAGGUAUGCCACUAUCUAAUGGCGGGGCAAGUGAAGAGUGUGAAGCCGUGUCUGAAGCAGCUGCAGCAGAGCAUCCAGACCAUCAUGGCGCCCACGUGGCCAGACGACGAUGCGGUGUGCGGCGGCGCGGGCGGCGCGGGCGAGUCGUUCGUGUGGCUGUCGCGCCAGCAGCUGUACGUGCUGGUGUACCUCGUCACGGUGAUGCACUCGGCGCAGGCCGGCUACAUGGACAAGGCGCACAAGUACACCGAGAAGGCGCUCGCGCAGAUCGACAAGCUCACCUCGAGCGAGGAGGUGGUCGAGAGUGCGGGCAGCAGUGCCGGCGGCAGUGGAGCACGUGGCGGCGCGGCGCUGGCGUGGCGGCUGCGCAUGGCGCUGCUGGAGCACGCGGCGCUGUGCCGGCUGGUGGCGGGCGGCAAGGCGCACGCGCUGCACGAGAUCGCGCGCGCCGCGCACCUGCUCUCCUCCGCGCCCAACGCACACACAGCGGCUGCGCACACGCCGCAACUGCACUGCCUGCUGGGGCUGUACGCCAUGUCCAUGAACUGCAUGGACGCCGCCGAGGCGCAGUUCCACACCGCCAUACAUAUGUCGCAAGAAAGGGACCUAUGGAUGUUCGCGAAACUGAAUCUAGCGAUUGUUUACUUACGGGGGCGGAGAGACAACGAAUUGGCGCAGCUAAUGGAGCAGGUGAGGCCGGAGGCGCUGCCCGCGUACGCGCACGGCCUAAGGGCUGCGUCCUAUUACGUGCUGGGGUUGCAAGCCUUCUUCCAAGCGCGGUACAAUGAAGCCAAGCGCUACUUGCGGGAGACGCUGAAGAUGGCCAACGCGGAGGACCUGAACCGGCUGACGUCGUGCUCGCUGGUGCUGCUCGGGCACAUCUUCCUGUCCAUCAACAACUCGCGCGAGAGCAUGAACAUGGUCACGCCCGCCAUGCAGCUCGCCAGCAAGAUACCCGACGUGCACGUGCAGCUGUGGGCCUCUGCUAUACUGAAAGAUCUGUACCGGCUAGCGGGUGACACGGACCGCGAGAACGAAGCGUACCAGAUGCACUGCAACUUCUCGCAGGCUCUCCUCAAGGACCACUUCCAGGCGACGCAGAUGCCCCAGCACGCGCUGGUACAGUGGACGUCGGGCCCGCCGCCCGCCCUACCACCGCCGCCGCCGGGCUCGCUGCCCUCCUAAGCGCUAGCACUACAACACGCAGUGAACACACCGGGAAAGCUUCGCCUUAUCCCCGAAGCCUAGGGACUAGACGUCAGAACCCUGCGUGCAAAGCUCCUGUGAUUGUGACAUUGUAGCAGAGAAUACAGACCCUACUGUUUACUACUAAGGAGGUAUUAGUAACAGGUCACAGGUGUUACCACGCUCUGCUACCAGGACACAGUUGUGCAGUGAAAACACAGUGUAUAGUGGAACAAAACUAGUGCGUUAUCAAUACAAUAUUGUGUUGUAUUUGUGCAAUGAACAAACCUCUUGGAUGUCACACAGGUUGAUAGGUGUUUUUUGUUGAGAAAUCACAAAGAACAGUGCAAUUUCUGGUGUGACUGUUCUGUGGUAUACCAGUGUAAAUUCUAUGUAAAUAACAACUAACGGAUGUGUAAAAUUAAAAAAAUAUAUUGCAACAAUGAGCCUAUUUCCUCUAAAGGUAUUGAAAAAAUCCGCUAGGGGCACCAUAAGGAGGGGGGCUUUACAAAUGUUUUUAUCAAAAUCAUUAAAAAUUCCAAUGACAUUUUUUAUCAUUACCGUUUGCAAUGCAUUCUUCAAUUUCUUAAAUUUUUUAGGUACUAUCAUCUUCCGUAAAUUCCAUUUUAUUUAUAUACCUGGCACUGCCCCUAGCAAAUUUUGUUCAAAUCUUUAUAGGAAAAAGGCUCGUUGAUAUAAAAUUUCAAAGAUUUUAUUUUUAAAAAUCAAUUAUAUAAUUAAUUAAUUGGAUAAAUACAAUUUAUUUAUAUUAAAUUUUAUUAUAUUCAAUUUUAACAAUAAUUUUAUAAUUUAUAAACAAUUUCAACUUUAAAAUUAUUUAAUUUGAAUUAUCUUUGUUUUUUAUGUCAAUGUGAUACCAGAAUCUUAAUAUGGUUGAGAGCAUGGAUGUUUGUAAAUCAAACUGGAGCAAUUUUUGUGUUACGAUUUGGUCACACAACAUUGUGAUGACGGCCUGACGAGGUUAAUUUCGCCAAUGUCUUCAUUUGGCAUGAGUUGCAGACAUGUGUGAACAUAUCUCAUAAUUAUAUUAACAAGAUUUUUUUUGUGUGACAGAAGUUAUUGACAUAGUGACUUAUUUCUCACAGAUGGUGACUAACAUGGCUAUUCAUAGUACGAUAUCCGGUGUAAGAAUUAUACAUUGAGCAAUUUUUUUUGGUCUUUAAGCGAAAUACCACAUAAUAUACCCAAUAUCUAUUAUCUGUUAAUGUUACUACAAAAACCGGCUUGAACUCGCGUGACGAGGGUUUAAUUACAAUUCAAGGAGUUAAAAUUUUAACAAAUUUUCGAAAAUUGAUUAUUUUAAAACAUUUUGUAUUUUCAAACACCUACUUACCUCCUUACCGCGGUCACGUCGGCAGCCAGCCGGUCCCUUUGAGGUCAUUCACUUUAACAUAUUUUUUUUUGAUUAAAUUUGAUUUUAUUUAAGGUUAACCCGCCGUACCUAGUGUCAGCAAUUGUUAAAGGCUUUUUAUAAUACCGCGUGAAAACCGAAAAAGACCUUAAAGAAAUUCGAUACACCAGUCGGCGGAGUGUAUCGAAUUAAGUAGGUAUGUAGAUAUUAACUUCAUACUUAUGAAACAGAAUAAAACAGGAUGAUUAACUUUUGAUUUAGCGUGUGCAUUUGCUUGAGCUCAUUUUUAAUAUAACUAAACGAUUCCUUGUAUCUAACACAUAAAUGUCGCGGUAGCUUAUAGACGAUGCCACGGACGCGGUGUAUUUAUUUGUGAUAAGAAAUAAAUGAUAGAAAAUAUUCACAUAAUAAAAUUACAUUGCCUAGUAAAAUUGCGGCCAGAUUUAUUAUUAAAUCUACUUUCCUCAUUGGUUAUUUUAAAAAAUCGUACACAGUUAAAAGAAUAUAAAGGUUGUCUGGUCUCACAUUGCAACUAAAGUGUUGCCUGAUAUAAUAAUCAGUUACCUCAUUUGUUAUUUAGUGGUCUAAUAUGUCAAAUAAAGACUAAAUUUAUGCUUAAUUUUAGUGUACUAAAUUGCCUCUAAAAUAAAAAAAAUAUAGAUAAAAAUCCAUAGUUUCCUAGAUUUUUAAUAAAAAUGUGUAUGGUCGCAAUUAAACUAGACAAGCUAUUUGCAAUGUGUCACUACAUAUUAUAUGAUACACAAUAUUUGUCACCCUAAUUUAAAUGUAACCAAAAUAAAACAGAUAUUAUUACUCCAGACAGAGAGACAUUCUCCCUGCCUUAGUCAGCGUAAUCCUGUAAGUAAGGAGAAAGAUUACUCCAUGAGAGAUGUUGGCGGAUCGACCGCCAACCACCACCGACUGUACUGCAAGCAGCUUAUAUCACAAGCCAGUCCCGCCAGUUUUCCUCUACUCACUAUUUCCCACUCGUCACGGAAACUACUAGCGCCACCUAGCGUCAGCAAAAGCCGACCGACAAUAGUUGAGUGACGUCAUAUCCUUCUCAGACUACUUAUUUCCUGCACUAUAAAUAAUAGAUGAGAGUAUAUAUUUACUAAUGUCGGAUCUUAGACUAUCACUCAAGUUUCAUAUAAAGUAUUUGGUCAUUUGAUCUGAUCAGUGCCCAUAUGGUACCUGAAUAUUCAUCUCAAAUCAAACUCAGUAUAGUAGCGAAGACAAGUACGCACAGUGGCAAUCAGUAUAGCAAAUUACUUAAUUUCAAAAAUAUUGGCCACUGUACAAUUGUAUAUACUUGUACAAGUCAAUUGUUCGUCAUUAACAUGCUGAUUCAUGUCUUCAAAAUUUUCAUGUCAGUCGCCACCUUUGAAUUUGUGAUAUUAUUUAUAUUGUAAAAUUUUACAUAGCUGAACCAUCAUCAGUCCAUCAUUUAUUAUUUUAAUAACUAUAAAAAAUUAAAUACAUAGAAGCAGGUGUUAUUGAAAAUGUGAUCCACAAUGAACAACCAAUUUUGUUGUUUUGUAUGUAAAAUGUUCUUUUGUAAUCGUUUAUAUUGGAUUAUCUUAGGAUUGAAUGACUUAUUGAUAUUUAUAUAUUGACAUUUUAAACUGAAUUGUUUAAAUUUUAUUUAUUCACUUUAGUUAUAUUGUUUUUUCAUACCAUUGAUUGACUUGAUUAAUUUGACUCUUGCAAUAUAAAUUGCAUUUACUGUCCUUCUAAAUUACAAUAAACCUACACGUAGUGACAAUAGAUAUCAUAUCAGAGGUGUGGUGAAAGGACAUAAAUUUUAAACCUUAAUAAAUUAAUUGUAGGUAUUGUAUAUAUUAUGUAAUAGGAAAUUUAUAUGUUUAAAUGAUAAAUUUAUGUUUGCAUAUUGUUGAUAAUUUAAGUUAUAAUAAUUAUUAUCUGACAUUUUACUAUGAAAGGAGAAACCAUCAACCACCAAUCUCCAUACAAACUCGGGCCCAAAUUAUAUGAAUGAUACAGAGCUGAAAAUUUACUUUAAAUUAGGAUUAUUAAGGAGAACUCAGGAGGCCAAUUUUCAAAGAAAUCUAUAUUGCCUAAUCAGUUAAAAUACUUAAUACAGAUGGGCAAUAAUUUUGGCGUUUCCGUUUGACAUAAAAUAAUUGCAUAAUCUGUGUCAAAUGACAGGCGACAGUUUUAUUAGGAUUUGACACUAACUUGACACAUCUAAUCAAAUUAUUUAAAUAAUGAUAAAAUUUACAAUGACAUCUCAUUCGUUGAUUGACUUUGACAUUGAAAGCCCGCGUUUUCAAAGACAACUGCGAUGUGCAUUUGCAAAGAUGGAUUGGUGUGAAAAUAAUGAAAUCAGCUUAUUUUCCCUGUUGGCGAAUAUUAUUUCGGCUAGGAUUCCAAUGUUUAUUUAACUACAUUACUAUCUAGUAAAAUAUACAAGAUUUAUAGUACAUUUGCCAUUUAUGUAUCAUUCUGAUAAGUGGGCCCAUUUUCAGACAUCUCCUUUGACAGGUACAUUGUCUGAUACAUCAGACCAUACCAUAUCAAUCAAUAUAAGAACUAAAUCAAUCAAUCAAUAUAGAAUAAUUACUCAAAAACAAACAAUUGUCUCUUGGAAUAGUAUUUUUUUCAGGAAAACAAAGCCUACCAAAAUUUUAGAGGUACUAAUGUUGUUCUGAUGUAAUCCAUAUAUACCGAGAUAUUUUAUUACAAGUAUUAAUGUAUUGUAUUGCAAGUAUGUGUGUAAACAAAGGUGCACUUUAUGUGAUGUGGUUCAUGAAAAUAUAUAAAUAUUAGUUUUUUUUAUGUUAUAUUUAAUUUAUGUUACUAAUUUUAAAUACGUAUUGGAAAAUUGACCGAUUUCUUAUUCCAGCAUGUUAUGUAAAAAGUAGUUAUAACAAAAGGGCGUACAUAACAAUUGUCUUAUGUUGCACAAGUUAACUUAAUCUACUAGCACAGAUAACAGAAUAUAAUCUGCAAACUGUUAUUGCGCAGAUGUCCCCUAAGACCAGAUUCACACAGAUAUUGUCCUGUACUUUUUUUACAAUAUAUGUCAUAAUGAAUGAAUAGUAUGUGCAGUGUACAUAUUUAGAAGCAUUUACAUGUGGUUAAUACCAAAGAUUUUAUACUAUAGAUAUGUCACUAGCGCAUCAAAACUGAGUCUGAACUGAUUAUCUAUAACUGAUAUUGAAGAAAAAUAAUUAUUGCACUCAAAGCUUUUUCUACAAAACAAAUAAAACAUUAUUUAUAAAAAUAGUAUUAAAGUACGUUGGUAAUUUAUUUCGUAGUAUUUAACAAAAAUCGAAUCUAAAAUCAUAAUAACAGCAGCUACAGCAUUGCAAAAAACUGAUUCAAGAUUUCAGAUUCAAGAUCAAAUUUGAAAAAUCCGAAACGAAAUGUGUGUUCACUAGGGAUUUUUGGAAAACUAUUCAAAUUAGUUUUAGAUAAUUAGGUGGUGUAUCUACCGUUUGCGUUUUUAUAAUGGAAAUAAACAUAAAAUGGUGCAUGUCCGCGCUCAGUGGAGUAGGUAAAUUCGGAGCACUUUUUGCGGUGAUUUUGAAGGCACGUUACAUAGUAUAAAAUAUCGUUGGUUAAUGCUGCAAAAUAUCGUACACUGUUUAAAUGUUUGAAAGAAUAUUGCAAGAAACCAGCAGGAUAAUUCUGCGUGAAGUUAGCCUAAAAAGCCCAGAGCAGUCAAUAUUGUAUUUGUAGGUAUAUGCCGAUUAUUUGGCAUGUUAAGUAAUUAGUUCCAUCACCUCAUAGUUACAAAAUGAGGUGAUGGUGCUACAUGCUACAAGGGCUGCAGAGGAGACUGACAUACAAUAUGUCAUACGUAAAAGUACCUUACAGUGGCGAAGGAUGGAAUUUAGAUGAAGGUAAUUCGUCUCAAAGGAAAUUCAUAUAGUGUUAUACAAACUCUGUUUUCUCAUAUAUUCAGAUACAGUACAACAAUGAAUAUGCAUGAAUUUUCCGGCGGAAAUCGGCUUGCAUAGACUCUUCGCCGCUUGCACCUUAUUUUCCUGGGUCAAGUGUGGCAUAUUUGACUGUGAACCUGUGAAUUAGUUAAAGAAAGACCAAAUAGGUACUGUUUAUUUUUUGCUGAUUAGGGUUUAUUAUCUGUGCUAGACCUAAAAAAUAUUAGACGUGGGUUUCCCUGAAUUAAUUGGACUGAUAUAUUAUAGUGUAUAGUUGUAAAUAAUAAUUAUUAGAUACCAUUAAUUUGAGAAAGAACAAAGAUUCUCAUAUUUAUUACCUUUUAUUUAGUGACAUGUUAGUGUGAAAAAGUUGUUGAAAGUAUAAGGUUGAUUAAUUUUAAUUAUUGUGAUUUUCUUAUAUACCUACGUUUCAAUGGAUGGAUCUUUUUCAUACUGCAUGUUUAACCUGUAGCUCGAUUGCGAAAUAAUCGAAACGAAAAAUAUCAAUCUCAGUGGACGUUAAAUAAUAUAUUAUAUUUUUUUUCGAGUAAUUUGCUAUAAAUAUUGAUAUUUUAGAUGAAAAUACAUGGAAAUUAACAUUUCUGAACCUGGAAAACGAGUGUGUGGCCGGCCUUAGUCUGUUUUAAAAUCUUAUCCGUUGGCGAGUUUUAUUUAUAGUUAUAAACUUAGUUCCUACAUGUAAGUACUUCAAGCACCGCUAGAACGUUUUUUUUAUUGAAAUUUAUUGUUGAUUACUGUUUCAUAUACUUUUCAGUAUUUUUUUAACCUACCUAAUAGUUAAAAAUGUAUUUACUUCCGUUUGAUUAUUAUCUACUAAUAAUAAGCACAUAUAUGAGAGUUUUGCGGGAAAUUCGUAGGUUCACAUGUGGCUCCAUGUUUUAUUUUCAUUGAUUUGCUGUAUUUUAGAGAGUAGAAUGCAUUCUAUGCAAUAUAGUUCUGUAUAGUUAUAGUUCUGGUUCAUAGCAGUCAUAGCAAGAGUGCUAUAAGUGACCAAUUCGAAUUUUCUCGGUGGACUCCAUCAAAAUACUGCAUUGUACUUGACCACUUUCUCUCUAAUUGGGCAAAUUAUUUGAUAAAAAAUAUUAAUUACUUGAGGACUGCAAUGCGAAACCAUAUUGAAAAAAAUAAUCGCAUACCGUCGGUCUAGAUGUAAUUUGUUAAAAAUUGAUUUUUAUGCAGAAAGCUUCAAACAGCUUCUCCAGUGGUAGCCCGUAAAUAUCUUGUGGUACGUACAUUAAAAACGUUUUUGGUCGCAUAAAACGAUUUUUAGUGAUACCUAAAAGAUGUUCUUGUCUCCUGUAAAGUUCGUCAGUUUGCACUUACGAUCUAUCACAUCUAGACCGACGAUAUAUGGAUUUUAAAAAACUGUAAUGUACAACUUGUAUGCAACUUAUAAAAUAAAUUGAUCUGAUUUAUAACUUUUAAAUACAAGUAUAAAUUUCUCCAACGUUACUCACGCAGAAACAAUGUUAAACUUGUGACUCGUCAUAUUAAAUGUAUCAUUUUCCAUUCUAAUUAUAUUUUUUAAUUAUCCUAACUUAUUGCUCUUUUAAAAGGUCCGUCCAUUGACACGCUCCUACAUUGGACCUCAUGUAUCUCGUCGACGACGUCUACGUUGUAAAUUAACUAGCGAAUAAUAUGUAAACAUUAUAUCUAAUUUACAAAUUCCCUGUAAACAGUGUGAUGUGACCUUAGAAACGGGUACAUUUGCUGUUGUUAAAUAUGUAAAUAAAAGUUGAUUUAUUGUAAAUAAAUAAAAUUAUAUAGUAUAUGUUUUUUGCUA